GUGCGGGCAUGUUCGUUAGGCAUCAUCAUUCUCAAAGCAGACGCUCUAGCACGCAUCAGUGUGUUGGCAUAUCGCUCAUUAAGCAGCAGACUUUAGAAGGAUGACGGUUACAAGAAAUUUCGUUUCUCUUUUUUUCUUCUUCUUUCGUUUUUUAUAGGGAAUGUCAGUCACGACAGAAGAGAGCAUAGCUGGGAUGAAAUCGUGCGAGACUUUGCCGAGAACACGAGCGUGCUGCAACCAGAUCAGAUUUGUACAAGAGUCAGAAACCUCGCGCUGUACCUUGUGCAGCAAGGAGUGAGCUUGGCUGACAGUCGUAAACACUUGACCGUGAAAUACCACACUAAACCGUUGUCAUUCGGGAUGAUGGUUGACUAUAGGAGCGUGCUAUGUGGUGAAUUUCUAUUUUAACGGUGUAUGUACCAACAUAUUCACCCGACACACCCGACAUACCCGACCACCCCCGACCGACAUACCCGACAUAUUCCGACCCGGAGGAAGUUUGCCUCAUAUGACUUGUGACUUUAAAUUUGUAUUUUCCUGCUUGUCAGCUCCAGUGCUGAAGUUUGGUGAACCAGUUCGUAUUAAUGCUCAGUGAGAUUGUCUGACAGAUGACUAGUGAACUGAAAUAAGUACAGAGGAGGCUUAUAAUCUCCAAGAUCCCUCUAAUGCAGGAACUCGGUAACUUUGCCAAAUCCAAAGACAGAUGUGCAACCUCCUUCAUAUGACCAUGCUGAAAUCAGAAAGUUUAACAACACGUACAUGUUGCGUCUGUGUUGCAAAUAAAGUGAUUAUGUAAUGUUUUUGUCGGUGUAGCGCCAGCCUUAGUUUGCCUAGUCCCAUACCAGAGGAACUACCACGUUUUGAAAAACUACUGCUUUUCGUGAAGUUUUACGGCGAACUUGCUUUUUUGUUUGUUUGUUUCCUGUUCAACAAAAUACGUUGUUUUUUCUUCUGCUUCUGCGGGGAAUAUCGCUACACGGAUACUGUUCGGUUCCCCAAUGUUCCACUUACUGCACUGAACACGGAAGAAACGCGUAAAAGCAGACGAUGCGAGGAAGCUGAUCCACACUUGGGUAGUUCAUCGUUUCUCCGCAGCUCGCCGACACCGUUCGAUCUCGAAGCGAUAUCAAGGAUCAUAAAAGCGAUAAAACCCCGGUGCAGGGGACACAGAGAGACAAAACAGACGAAGCACUGACUGACAAACAACUUUAAUGGCAGAGACACAGCUUCAACUGCAUACACCCGACCCCUAGUGGCAGACAUGGCCAUCGCUUUUAGGAUGUACCACCAAACAGCCCGGUUUUCAUCGCGUUUAUCAAGGAUCAGCCAAGGUAUAUCUAAACAGGUACCGCAAGUCCCAUGGGCCCCUGUGUCUUCAGGAAGACGCCAUGAUAGAGACGGUCAGCGCCAUCCAUCCGUUGCGCGGACUACUACGUUUAUAUACCUUGGAUCAACUGUAUCACUGCAUGCGACAAAAGAAGAAGCACCUCUCUGCAUGCUUUACGUUCAGAAGAACGCCACGGCCAUCAUCUCUUUGGACGAAGAAGAAGAAGAACGCCACUCAGCCGCAAGCAUACGGGUUGUGCAGUACUCUUCCACUGCGACGCUUUCUACCAGGCACCGCAUAAAGGUCCACCAUGGAGAAGGAAGAGACAAGGAGCGAAACCUGCAAGACGAAAGGUCAUUCCAAAGCAAGGGGUUCCACGGCGGAGAAGAAGGACCUUCUAACAGAAGCAACAUCGAAACAACUAGCAUCCUAUAGCCCCACAGACAGUCUGCCCGUGGGAUCCCAGACGGAUACCCAACUACAUUUCAAAGAAGCCGAUCACAGUACGCUUACCAAACCUACCUCGGCGGUGUCUGAACCAUCGCGGACAAGUAUACCGUCCUCGUCUACGUCCCGACAGCCUUUUGCAUUGCCAACAGGAAAUGUGGAGGAACCAGAUUCAAAACAGCUGCCGGUCGAUGGCGCUGAUGGACUACCAGUACCUUCGUUAUCUGCCAUCGACGAAGGAAGAGCUACCGUUGAACACACAGGGAGUCCCUGUGCAGAAAAAUCUCCCAACCUUGAACAGCAGCGCAGAAGAAAGUCGUCUGUGAGAUUUGGUCCAUCUACGAUCCGUGAACUGACUGAGCUCACCAUCUCGAAGAUCGAACAGAAACUGACCACUCAUCCCGUAAUCAUUGUCAUGUCCUUCAUCAUCACCAUCACUAUCCUGAUGCUCCUCUUCCUCAUGUUUCAAAUGCAAUUCAGCACUCCCGGAUCCAGACCGUGCGAGUCAGUCGCGUGCCACAAUGCAGUCAACUUCCUGGACAGCGUCUCCAACCCAGACGUCCGACCGUGCGAUGACUUCUACUCGAACGUUUGUCACAAGUGGAUCGCGAAUGACAGCAGCUUCCUUGUGGACAUCGUGGACGACUUCUACAACGGCUCUCACUCGACGAUGAUGAUGAAAGGAUCAGAGCUUCCCGACCGCUACGGCACUCAUAUCUUUAAGUCGUCGUACCGGUUAUGUCACGGGUUCAUGACCAAAGGGAGAAAUUCUAUCGAGGACAUCUUGAACCACAUGAACUUUGAGUCCCAUGGUCCGUCAGACAAGCCGAAAAUCGUGCUGUGGCUAGCGGAGCUUUCGCUCAAGAAGGGACUGGACUCUGUGUUUCGGUUGCGUGUAGUUAGAUGGAGAGAAAGCGGAGUUUAUCUUUACGUCACGCCCGGAAAGUCAUUGGGGCAAAGACUCGGAGAGGAGACCAGAGAAGGUAACUUCCAGCUUUACCUAAGCGAAGUGAUCGACAGCUUAAAUCUUACGUCGGCAAGCAACGAGCUCGUGAACGGUAUCGUUGAGCUUGACGCCAGAAUAGAAGACUUGACGGCGGGGGACGAAGACGAGCAGCCCGUUCGACACCAAGUAGGGGACCUCGCACGGUUAAGCGAACGUCUGAGCACGCAAGAUUGGUUGACCACGGUGAACGCCAUACUGGCUGGGGGAAUAUCCGGUCUGAACGUUGGAAGCGACUUUCUCGCGUGGAACUUCAAUGCGACCGUAAAAGCCGUCGAUGCCGUUCUGUCAAGCAUGGAACAAGUCCGCAACAAUUACAUCUACCUCCUGGUCGCGGCGGAGCUUCUGCGAUUCGACUACGCGAGACGUUUCAAGCAUUACACCGGAGUACCAACGUUCUGUUUCGGUGCGAGCAUGAGGCUACUGACCCACACGUGGUCUUUCCUGGUAUCUCGUACCCGCGACCAGACGCGUAGGGACGAGGAGCUGGUCCGCUUGUACGACGGCAUCUUCGACGUCAUCACCAAAUCUAAAUAUAACGCCUUGAUGGACAACACGACCAGAGACCACACGGUUACCCUGCUGAAGGAAGUUGCCAUUGUAAAGUUCUCGACCGAGGAAUUCACUCUCGACAUCAGUGCAGAUUACUCUGGAGUCGGUGCACCGACAGAUUUUCUUGGGAGCUACCUCCCUCUUCUGGAACAUGGAACACGCCUUCAUUUGCAGGUUCCACUCUCCUACGACGCUGAAACCCUGAACGAGAUCCAGUACCUCGGCGUACUUCGUCAGUUGAAGAGCAGCGGCUUGGUCGUGGUCCCGACAGCUUCCAAGACGGUGCCUCUCUUUUACUCCGGACAGGUUCCGAGCUACUUCAACUUUGGCACUGUCGGUUACUUGCUCGCGAAAGAACUGUCGAGGAUGAUACGUCCGUUCCUCGCUCGGGACAGGCCUAAUCCAAUGUGGACGCCGUCGGGCAUAAGCGCCGUGGAACCUGCUCUACAAUGUCUGAAGGGAAUCGCGACGAACAUAAGUGGCACCACCGGCUUUGGAGGGUACGAAAGCCUCUUCGAGUGGAGUCGGAGCGUGCAGAUCGCAUACGACGCGAUGGAGAAGGAAAUCAAGACCAGCAUCCGUGGCACAGUCAAUGACCACAAAUAUAGGAUGGAAUCGAGAAGGGUGUUCUUCAGGAGGUUCUGCCUUACCUCGUGCGGGAAGGGACCGGCGCGGUGCAUCCUGCCCUUGCGGAACAUGCCGCAGUUUGCUUAUGCGUUUGGCUGCAGCAACAAUGACCGCAUGGUAGCUGAACGAAGAUGUGAUAUCAUAUAGGCAUCAAUGCCACUAUAUAGCCUUCUA